AGCAAUUUCGGCUCGCAGCACGUCACUCCCCUGUGAAAUCUGAUCUGCCAUGUUCCGCUUCGCCGUCUUUGUCUUGCUGCACGGUGCUGUGGCUGAGGAAAUUCUGACCGACCUUGUGGAUGUGAGGAACGACACCCUGAGUUUGACCAGCGUUUCCGACACCCUGUGCCAGGCCGCCGGCAAGCUUGCGCAAGGGGCCUGCCUCGCCGACUUCCCCAUGAAAGGCAUCCCAGAGUGCGCCGGCGGAGCGGUGGAACUUGUGAACGGCGACCUCGCGAAGACCGGCAUACGAGCCGGCUGUGACUACCAGAAGCCCUGGCUGGGACAUUAUGGCAGGGUGUCGUGCAACGAAAUCAACGCGGGCAACCAGAAGAUGCUCGUGAUGAUGUGCGACAGGUGCUUUGGCAGCUCUUGCAUGAGCUGGAUGACUUUCUCCAUCAUCCAGGGCGCUCUGGGGCUGCUGUGCUGCUGCACCUGCUGCUGGGGCCUGCUGUGCGCCGCCUGCGGCUGCUGCAAGAAAAACCAGGGCCAGGCGAACGUUCGCGGCAUGGAGCUGCAGGCAAGGCCUUGAGGACAGCCCAGUUUUGAGGGCGCCUUUCGGUUGCGAAGUGGAACCAACAACACACCGACCAUCUGGCGGGUUCCACUUUGACACGCGGCCCAUGGACGAGCUUUUUUGGGAAGGGCGACGUUUGAAAAGCAUGAACUUUGGGGCUCAGCCGAUGCGGA